AAUGUGCUCUGACACCAGUCUAUAUACAGCUAUUGUUCAGGUUGGCUGCUUCUCAAUACUGUCAGCUAAGUUUAAGUAAAAAGUAAACUAGUAAAUUAUAAACAGAAACACGAAAACAGUUCAUUACUGUUGAUAAUGGCUGAAGAGAAGAGUGAUAUUAAGAUGUGGGCAGCUUUAACAGCUCAAGUUAGUGUGGCCUACUCGAUAAUCUGCAUAGGAGUCGAAUUCAUCACUGCGGCGGAUCUUUUCACAGACGUGGGAAUGUUGAUCACAUGGUUUGCACUCUACCUUAUAAAUAUUUGGAUAAACCUGGUAUUUUCGGGAAAAAGCAGCAAUUGGGGAAAGAGCGAUAUAGUAAUCUGGUUUGGUAUCACGUCAUUGAUAUUAAUCAUUCGACUCGCGUGCACUAACUACAGCCACUUGAGUAUUGGAGUCUGGGUAUUCACAAUUAUUGUAAAUAUUUACAUGCUAUUUGUUCUUUUUGUAAUAAUAACAUUAAGUAACAAAAUGGAUAAUCCAACUACAGACAUCAGGAGCAGCUUAACUUCUGACCCAGAUAAUAAUAUAAUAAUAAGUGCGACGGCGGAUGAAACUAAUAUUGAUGAUCUGUCAGAUAAUCUUCGUUCCGCUAUAGGCUCAUAUCACUCCAACUUACACAAUGAUUCUCCCAGUGGUGGUGUAAUAGGUUCAAGUUCUAGUAACUUAAAUUGUGAUUCCCAGAUUGUUUUUGGUACAGCUCCAACUUUGGAUGACUUAAACGACGAGUUCCAAAAUGAUUUAGCAACAGCACCAAGUUAUGGCUUAUUAAACACUGAUUCUCAGAAUUUGGCCAGAUCAGGUGAUAUUCACAAUAUAUUUAAUGCAAGUGAUCCUCCUCCAAGCUACGAUGAUGUUAUGACUCCUAAGAAUGAAAAAGAAAAAGUAUAAAAUUAUAUAACAUAAUGUUGAUAUCACAACAAAUCAAAUAUAUUUUUGUGAAUUGAUUUAAUAAUAAUACGAUAAUAAUAGUAUUGGAUAGGCCAAGAACAACAAUGAACCUCAAGGCGAAAGAAGCCAUCUAGGUAUUUCUAAAAAAAAAUGAUCCAUAAUUAUAAGCAUGUUACUUAAAUUCCAUAAUGUCACAGUGAUAAGAAUUGUAAUGCUGGUAAAGUUCACUGUUGACAAAGAUAGUGCAUAAUCAAAUUAUAACGAGUUAUUUGUGAAUACUCAAGUACUACCUCAAUCCACUUAUCAAGAAUAAUUUUCUAGAAAAAAGACAGACACUCUACGUUUGAGUAUAAUAACUAACCUCAGGUGACAGCUUUAGAUGUGAUGUUACAAAAGAAUGUCCAAAUUUGUAA